UCGUUAGUUGAUGCGACAAUCGUUAUUACGAACUUCUGUUUUUGUUUCGAAUAUCGUCGAUCACUCACGUCAUCGCAUCACAUCCUCCAUAAUUAUUUUCUCGAGAGGGUAAACGAUACGCGAAUUAUCCCGAUGACGAUGACGGCGAAUUCCAAGCAAGGUUCCAAGCGAUCGAAAUGGGCCUUAGACUUUGCUCACAAAACGAAACAAGACAAAAUCGUGGAGAUACCAUCUCCACCGGGAUACACGCCUACUGGUUCCCUUUUUCACAAUGUAGAGUACAUGAGAGAAUCAGAUUCUAAUCAUUUGAUAAUAAAGAAAUCUUGGGAUUUGGCUUUGGGACCUCUGAAACAAGUGCCCAUGAAUCUAUUCAUCAUGUAUAUGGCUGGCAGUUCAAUUUCAAUUUUUCCCAUCAUGAUGGUCGGUAUGCUCAUCAUCAGGCCUGUCAAGGCGUUAUUCACGCUGCAGCAAACAUUCAAAGUGAUCGAAGGAACGCAUGCGUUUGGACAAAAGUUUGUGUACUUCUUAGGACAAUUAGUGAAUAUUGCAUUAGCUUUGUACAAAUGUCAAUCGAUGGGUCUAUUGCCGACACACGCGUCCGAUUGGUUAGCGUUUGUAGAACCGCAAACAAGGGUGGAAUAUUCUGGUGGAGGUCUUAUGUAUGUUUGAUGCGAAGAAUACAAUCAGACGAUAUUGUAAGUACUCGAUAUACACGUUUGACAAGCGCGAUCGUGAAUAUAGCUAAGUUAUCUUAUGCGUGUGUCGCAUUUAAAUAUUGUUUAUUAAAUAAAAUAAAAGUAUGGAAAAAUAA